AAGCAAUUGAGUGUCUUGAAGCGUGAAACUGAGGGGAGCAAGUCGUGUCCUCGUCAUAGCCUCGCUAGAUUGGACCAUGCCGGAGUUGCAAUAGCAUUGUGUGCGGUUACUCAACCUAACCGCUGCGCGAUGAGUUGUCCAGGGGAGUACCUAGAAUCAAGACAAUAUCGAUCAUAAGACAUUGUGACGUAAACGGCGCACCCGCACAUUGCGGUGUGACCUGAACGCUUGUAGUUGCCAGUCCCUUAAUUAUUAAUGGCCCAUCGCUAGAUGGUUCGCCUACCUACAUCCGGGCUUCUGUCUCCCUUCUAGUAUUGACGCAAAGAAACAGAUACUCACCAUGUCUCUCCCAAUUCCCAAGCCACCCGGCCUACCGCUCCUUGGCAACGUCUUCGAUGUCAAUCCGAAUAAUACAUGGGAAUCGCUGCGGGAGCUGUCAGAGAAAUACGGCGAGAUAUUCCAGAUCAAAGUCCUCGGACAGACUAUCGUAUUCGUAGCAGGCGCGGCCAUCGCAGAAGAAUUAUGCGACGAGGCGCGAUUCCGGAAGUACGUCGGUGGUCCGAUCGUUGAAAUCCGGUAUGCGGUCCACGACGCGUUGUUCACGGCUUUCGAGGACGAGCCGAGCUGGGGUAUCGCACAUCGCAUCAUCGCGCCUAGACUUAGUCCUCAAUCGCUCGCGGAACACUUCGUCGAGAUGCGGGACACAGCUUCCGAGAUUAUUAAAAAGUGGAAGGGAUUGGAAGGCUCCGCAAACGAAGUGUCCGCAAUUGGCGAGCUGAACAGAUUGAACUUGGAGGCGACGACGCUGACAAUGUACGGCAAAAAAUUGAAUUGUCUCUACGGGCGCGAACACCCAAUGAUCAAGGGGAUGGAGGACUCGACCUCGGAAGCUAUGAAGCGACCCACGCGUCCAGGAUUCCUCAAUUGGCUAUUUGGCGGCAAAUUCAAAUCGGCUACCAAUACGAUGCGAACGUACGCCCAAGAAAUGGUGGAUCAUCGCAAGGCCAAUCCAACGGACCGCCAGGACGUGCUCGCGGCGAUGAUGAGCGCUAAGGAUCCGGAAACGGGCGAGGCGCUAAGAGAUUCUCAAUUGAUUGAUGAGAUUGUUUCAAUGCCGAUUGGUAGCAGUACAGCGCCGGCACUCCUUAGUACCGCCAUCUAUUUUCUAUGCAAGAACCCGAGUGCAGUCACUAGAGCCCGACAAGAACUGGACACCGUAAUUGGCGACGAUGAGUUCAAACACGAGCACCUAGCGCAGCUCAAGUACAUUGAGGGCAUCGUGCGCGAAUCACUGCGACUCUCAUUCGCGGCGCCCGGCUUCAAUAUUGAGCCAAGACCGAGUGAUAGUAAGGCACCGAUACAACUGGCUGGCGGAAAAUACCAAGUAGCGCAUAACCAAACAAUGAUUAUCGUUCUCGCGGGUGUGAACAGGGAUCCAACAGUAUUUGACCGGCCUCUUGCCUUCAAGCCUGAGCGUAUGAUGGGAGAGGCGUUCGACAACUUACCUCAGGGAGUGAAGAAAUGGUUUGGGAAUGGGAAGAGACAAUGCAUUGGGAAGCACUGGGCAUGGCAAUGGAGUAUGACGACGCUAGCGAAGCUGAUAAUGGAGGUUGAUUUUGAGAUGGUUGAUCCAGAAUACAUUCUUGAGCAGGAUGGAUGGUUCAAUCUGAGGCCAGUCGGUUUCAAGGUCAGGGUAAAACCUAGGAACUGAAUCUGAAUGUUUCAUUAAAUCGCAUGUUAAAAGUUGUAGUUCUAUUCAUAUCUCAAUCCUGGGAUGAUAAUGAUAAAGAUAAAAGUUCGACGACGAUG